AUGUCGAAUGGAAGUGAGGGGCCACAGCCCUCAGUGUCGGCUGCGGCACUCCAGACAACUAUCAACUCCCAGACCCAGUUUUCUGCGGAUCCCAUGCCUUCACAAAGGGCUACGUCAGCCUCAUCGCAAUCGACGAGGCACGCUCUGCUACCAGUCUACUCCGAAUCAAGCACCAGCACUACUUCCGCAGUCUCAGAGCCUCUCUCGAUUCAUCUGCCUCUUCAAAGACCAUCUUCCGGUAGCGUCACGAGCAGCUCUGACAUCUUUUUCGACAUUGUGCCUCGCAAUGAUUCAACGUCGUUCCAGGUGGGAUACUUGGGUCUGAAAGGCUUUCAGGCCUGGCUCAAAGGUGAUGUACUUGUCAAACUCGAUACAGAGACCAACAAAAAAGGGCGAUACACUCGCUGCCUCGUCAAGCUUCAAGCUGUUGAAAAGGCACCAGGCACCCAUCUAUCAAGUGCAGAGUUCUUGCGCUGCAGUCAGGGGUCGCAGCAACAGCUUGAAAUCGAGCUCUUCUCGCACACGUUGAUUUUGUGGGACGCCGACAACGAAGCCACAUGUUCAAGCGGCAGUGCUCCUACGGUUCCUUCGACGAUGCCGUUCUCUUUUCCUCUCACCGAAGACUUGCCCCAUUGUGUCCAUCUUCGUGAUAGCUUCCUUUCGUACACCAUCACUGCGCAGCUCUUCAGCGAGGAUGCUGGCAAACUGCCUCACGCCAUCAAAACAGUGCCAGUGCACCUUGUACGCUACACCCGUCCUGGUCCCCUCAAUGAGGUCGAGCUAGGUGACAUGGAUGGUGCUGCUCUUCCUGACCAGCAGUAUACGCUUCAGCCAUACAAUUGGAUACAGCAAGCGCCAACGCUCGUCUAUGCACAGAUCAAUCGCACAAUCUUUCGGCGUGCAGAACCCAUCGACAUUCGUGUCCGCAUUCCACCGCCAGAUCCGACCAACAUCACCGAGAAAGGGCUCAAGCUGCGAUCGGUAGAGGCGGACCUCGUUCGCAUCAUCCAGGUCAAGCGUAGCAUUGGACAGAGUGCCAGCCAUGACCACUUACGAAACGCGAUAUCGACUUCAGAUGUCGCAUUGCAAGAUUUGGUGACCAACCCGCACGUCCAUCAAGCCUUGCUCGCCCACAGCGGUAAGCUUUGUCGUUUCCACUCGCAACGCCCGGUGCUGCUGCGUUUGACUCUCCAUCCUCCCUUUGACCGUGCCAACAUGCCACAUCCACAUCCGGACCAUGAUGCACUUGCCUCAGGGCCUGUCUUCGGCCGCGGUGGAGGCGGUGGGUGCGAGAGCAUCAGUCAGGAGACGCUCAUGCACAAGGUCAGCUUCGAAGUGCGGAUCAAGAUUGGCAUUCUGGGUGGCUGCGGUGAACACAGAGACAUUGUCCUUCGUAGAGCCGUCCGAAUCCUGCCCGGCGCUGCAGGUGCUCUCGAGGAUCCAGAGCAAGCUUCUCUAGCCGGCUUCAGUACUCUUUCGGAGAAAGAGAGGCUGAAGCGAUCGGAAAAAGCACGCAUGCUCUCACAAGACUGCAGUGUCGGUGCUUCUAGCUCACGCAGCCAGGCUCAUUCGGACGACUUGCUCGACUUUGACAUGGAUGACGAAUACGACGGCUACGAAGAUGUUGGGCGAAGCUUGAAUGACCUAAUAGACGCUGUCAAUCAGUCCAACGCCGCCAGCUCGAGCAGCCAGACCAUGGAUCAUGCCGAACGCCUCGAACAGCUGCGCCAGUUUCUGGAAGUAUCAGAUCCGUCUGCGCAAGAUGAUGGUCCCCCGCCUUCUCUUCUGGAAAGCCGAAACGAUCUGCAAGUAGAGGUCGAAGUCGAGGGCGAAGGACUGGCCACGCCCCACCACCCACAUUGCCAUCCCACCGACCGGUGUGUCGACAUGGACAGUACGACUGAUGGCUCAUUUCCACCGCCUCCUCCGAUCGAUGAUCCGCACCCGAUGUCGGAUGCCGUUCCAUCAUCUUAUGCAGUGCUCUCUUUAGCUUCUGACAGUGCAAGAAUGGUGCCCUCAGAACAUGACGAUCCUCCACCGCCUCUCUCGCCUGCUGUGGAUCGGUCAGGCAUCUUUACAGAAAAUAAGCCUGGCAGUGGUACCGAUUCUAGCUUGCAAACAAUGCACUCGCUUGGCGAUCUCGCAUCGCUUGGUGCAGUCAGGCAGAAUCUCGAUCGCGGCGAUGUUUUCUCUGAUGCACGGCCGCCGCCUGCUUUUCUGGACCUCUCUGGUGCGUCGUCUUCGUUGACAACGUUGCAGCACAACGCCACUGAUUCUCACCCCUCCUACGAAGCGGCUAUAUCUGAUUCGUCAGCCGAAUUUUCACGCGAACAAGCAGGGGCGUCUCAAUACGAGCCGCCUCCGUACAUUGAUGGCUCUAGCCACGCCGAUCCUGUGCCUUCCUUUGACCAAGCGGUCCGACACCACGUCAGUAGUGGCGGCUUGAAUUUAGCUCGCAGCACGCCACCCGAUAACCAAACCGCACUCCACAGAGUCCCUCUCGUGCUGCCCCAACAUGCGACCCGGCAUUCACACGCCCAUAGCAGAGACCACGGUCCACCGGCAUACGGCACUUCGCCUCAUCCUCCUUCCUACGAUGCGUAA